UCAUAAAACGCUCAUGUGUGAUAUUUCUGAAUCACAAUGGAAUCUUCUUUUACAAACGAUCCACCAAUAUUUUCAAGCAAAUCAAGAUGUGGACAGGGCAAAUGUUCCAGUAGCAUUGUGUGAUGAUAUUUUUGCUGUAUGGUUUUUUGAUGACCGAUAUUUUCAUUUCCUAGCUAGUAUUUUGAAUACAGAAUUUCUAUUCCUGCAUUCGCAAUCUGCGACGUCUUUUCAUUCGAAAGCGCUAGGGAAUUUUUUUUUUCAUGAAGAAUCACCUUUGACUUCUCAAAUCGACAGUAUAGCACCACCGGACUUGACGGAAUGCGAAAAGGAUACAUUGAUGAAUGGGACCAGUUCUGUUUCAACGGAAAUUGCGCAAAUGGCAUCAAAUUGCUUGAUACCAUUAUUGUUUUCUCGCUUUUGUAAAGAAGCAUCAGUGUCUAGUUUGUAUAAAAAAAAAAAUUGUUUGGUUCAAGCACCAGUUGAAUAUACUGGAGAAUUUUUAGAUAUCGACAAUGAUUUUAUUUCGCAAAAAAAUCCUGUGGGGAGUGCUUUAGCAGAACCUUUAUUUUUUUUAAAUGAUUUGACAAAAAAAAAGGCUACUGCUCAAUCAAAUAAACUUUAUCAGUAUCUAUUCGUUGAACGUUCGUGCUCCCCAUUACCAUUUUCUUUUGGCUCCUUGUUCCCCCUAUUUUUAAAUAAAAUGCUACUUGAACAUUCUAUCAAAUUACCGGUGCCCAUUGUACUUAUGGUGAAUGACGAGAGUCCUGAAGUUUACAACUGGAAUCAACUGUUAUCAUGUUUUGAUGAAAACGUCACGAGUGAAGGAAUUGAGGAAGAUGAUGCUGAGAUCAACAAUCUUCAAGGGCCUUUAGAUAUGGGUUCCAUGUUUACAGCGACAGAUUCUGUUGAAGGCGACAUAGCGUUUCAAAAUUCAGCGACACCUGCACCUAUACCACGAAAACUCACAGCUAGAGAUGAUUCUCAUUUGUUACCACAUGAUGCUGCCUUGUGGUCAUUUGAAUCUGUCGAAAGUUUAACAAAAGCACGUUCUACUGAUCAACACAAAUGUCAACAUGGAGAAGAUACGUUAAACAGCUUAUUUCAAUCUCAUUUGAAUUGGAGCCUUUUUAGCAGGGCUACGCAUUUAUGUUUCUUACCAACAUCCCUGUGUAACCCCUUUCAACAAGAGUCAAUGCAGUGCGCCGCAUCUUCAGUGAACUCAGACAAUGCUGACAUUCACCAAUUUAUAGAACAAACUCAAGAAAACGGUAUAAAUGCUUAUACAGGAAAAGCGCCGUUAACCAAGGAGGCUUUGUUUAAUUACAUUCUAGUUAAGGUUCCUGUUUUACCUCAAGAACAAAUGUUUUUUCCUUUAUUUUCUGGGUCUUCAAGAAAAUUAUCGAGGUUACCAAUCGGCAACUUUUUUUUAAAAUGUCUUCCGGAAAAAAUAAUGCAUUUCACUGCAUUGCUUAGUUCACUAAAAGAAGAGAAAGAUCAUGAACAACAAAACGAAAAACGUUCCACUGAAGUGUAUACACAAAAGAGUGUUCUGAAUAUGCUGGGAUCGGUUAAUGCCAAGUGUCGUUAUGACUUGAUACAAAAUCCGCCCUAUUUUGACAAAUUGUAUUCACUAAAAGAAGGAAGUAUCGAGAAACAAGUGCUUUGCAAUCGUAUUGGAGUAUGGAGUGUACAAGCGACUCAAGGGCCUCUUGUUUCUUUACAAGCGUCAUGGACAAUAAAUGAUGUAUGGACAACAACAAUGUAUCCUUUUUUCCCCACACCCGACACGGCUUCAUUUGAAUCCAAUGUACUAGAAUCAACUAUAUCUUUCAGAACAGGAGCUGGAAAGGAUACAUAUCUUUUUUGGAUGUGGAGCGACUUGGAAAUUUUGCAAAAUUUAAAAAAUAUACGCACGCAAUUGGAUACUAACCAAAGUUCUAAACAAACAACUGACGCACCCUCAGAAAGCCCUUUAAAGCAACCUUUACAUACAAAAGAAAAUAUUUUUUUUGCAUUGUAUAAUGCCUGUAAUGAAUCCACUUUACGGAAAACUACAACCGAUCAGCUGGAAUCCCUAUCACAGUCUUAUCAGCCAAUGGAGAAAAAUGAAAUUUUAUCACACGUUCAUAAUUUCUUAAAAAUUCAACGACACUUGGGUGAAGCGACGGUAAAGCGACGCGUGGGUCAUAGCAUGAAUUCAACUGGUCUACAAGGGAAUAAUGAUCAUUCAUUACAUCUCGAAACGCGUAAACUAGAAGGUGCUCACCCGACGACUUGCUUAUAUGCGGAAGCGUUACACUCUAACCAUGGAUUAUUCCCCCCUGCACGGAGUGAUACAGAUUUCUCAGAUCACUUAUGGCAUUUUAUUAGACGAAGUUUCGAUACUGAAGAUAUAUUGAAAGUGGUUCAAAUAGUUCUGGAUACCAUUGGUUUUAUUUUUGAUAGCGGUUCUUCUACCACCAUUCAUACUAAUGCAACAAAUAAUGAACAUUUUUCCUUGUUGGGAAAAAAAGAACUUUACUGGGUACCUCGAGAACCUGAUAAUUUAGAGAAAACUCAGUCAAUUCAGCAACCUUUUCUUCCUCUUUUACGCAACAAUUCAACUCCAAUAUUGAAGUCUCUUGUGCAAAUUGCUAUAAAAGGAUCUCAAUUAAAACGUUAUAAUCGCUCAACUUCCAAUUUUGACGUUAAAACAAUGUAUCAUUCCACUUCACACAAAGCUUCCAACGAGAUGUCUCAAGAUGAGGCUCGUAUUGUACAAGAGAAUUGGAUGAAAAAUCGAGCCGAACUUACUAGUCCAAUAAAAUGUAUUGAUCUGGUUUGCGAAAUUGGUAGAGAAGCAUUAUUUAGAGACGCAAUUGUUAUCAUACAAGAAGCUGAUCCCUCUAUUUCUUUAGCUACUCUAAGUUGGUUCAAAGAAGUCUCACCUACCUCAGAUGAGUCUCUUCAACGUCUUUCUUACUUGCACAAAAUUUCAGAAUUAGCAGCAUUGGCUCGCACGGUAAAACUUGCCUGGGAUUCAACUCGAUCACUUCUUCGUCAUGCAAUUGAACUUUUUCAAAGGAAAAAAGCUCCUGAAACGUUAGAAAAUGAUCCUUUGUUUGUAUUAAAUUUAAGUCGUCAGCAAUUUCGUACAAUGUUAAAUUUUUGGAUUCGACAGGAAUCUGAGAUUUUACUUUCCUUAACUUUACCACAAGUUGUUACUGCAGUGUUUACACGAGUUAAAGGAGAACUGGAAAAACGUUAUCUCGAAAAAAAUUACAAAGUGUAUCCAGUGAAUCUCGCAAACCUUAGUGAUGGUAAUGGAAAACUAAACCUUCUUAGGUGUACUUUUUCUAUGCUUAUAGAGUUAUCCGAGGAAGACACUUCAGACAACGCUGCGCACCCUGUGUAUUUAUGGAAGACAGUUCAACGCGAAAAUUCCAACGAAAAAGAAGGCGCCAUCAUAGAAAAUAAUGAGUUGAGUAUUGGUGGAACGCCACCUACCAGCUUCUCAACGGCUCAUCAACAUCUUUUAUAUUCAUUAAAACUUAUAUACUACGAUCCUUCACUUUAAGAUAAACUUCUUGCUGAAAU